AUGCCUAUUCUACGAUCUCGCGUUCAAUCAUACGUGAGCAGUAUAUGGAAUGUACACCCGAUUCGUAAACAGCCUAAGCGGCCACAUAUCGUUUCUGGUAAACCAAUAAUGAAUUACUACUAUCCUACCGAAGAUACUCCUGAUUGCAAGGAAUCUUUUGACCCUUCUCUUCUCCAGAGGCUCCAGGAGGAUGUGGCAGAAUGGGAUCCUACUGAAUACCUUCCGCCUUCUACACUAGAUUGGUGCCGUCUACAAAUGGUAGAAAUUGGCCAGCAAGAAGUGGGCGAGCCGUUUGACCCUGAAGACCCUCUCAUUCAGCUUCUAGGUGAUAGAAAGCAGCCAUAUCGGAAGGUAUAUGAGACUAUGCGUGCGAGGGCCCUUCUACACUACCAAUCAGGUACUUUGCCUAUAUUAGCACUAAGUAUGAAACCUACCGGUGCAUUCUCAUGGGGUCCGAGCGGUCAAUGGCAUCAGGGCGCAUAA